UGUCACCAUCUCAUCUCAUCUCAUCCCACCUCACCUCAUCCCACCUCACCUCACCUCAACCCAUCUAAUCUGAUCACACGCCGGUUGAACCGCCCACCAGAAUAACAGGGUUGCGCUCCCAUAUUGACUUACAAGAACAACUCUGCUCAUUGUUGCUCAUCGUCUUCAACAUAGCGCCCGUCCGAUCAAGCAACUAAGCAACUAAGCUCAAACCACGCACUACGAACGAACGAACGAACGAGUAAGUCUGGUUUGCAACAUGAAGUCGAUCGGCAUCUUCCCCGGCUCCGGUGCCCUCGGCGGCUGCACAUACGACUACCUCUUGAAACUUCUCCCCGCCGACCAAAUCAUCCUGAUCAACCGGCACCCGGAGAAGGUGCCGCAAGAGCACAUCAAGAACGGCGUUCGCGCGCGCAAGGCCUCGUACGAGUCCAGCCCGUCGGACCUCCAGGCCGUCUUCUCGGGGAUCGAGGUGCUCUUCUUGAUCUCGUAUCCCAGCCAUGUGCACGACUACCGGAAAAAGGUGCAACUCCCAGCAAUCGACGCGGCGCGACGGGCGGGCGUGAAGCACAUCUUCUACAGCUCGCUCGCCUUCGCCGGCGACCUUGAAGACUCGUCCGUGGCGGAGGUGAUGCAGGCCCACCUCGACUCGGAGCGGUACCUCGCCGAGGCCGCCGCGUCGGACCCGAGCUUCACCUACACAUCCGUGCGCGAGGGCCUCUACUCGGAGUCGUAUCCGAUCUACACGGCUUUCUUCGACAUCACCGCGCCGGCGCCGCAUACGACGACGACGACGACGAAGACGGACGAGAUCCUCAUCCCGCACGACGGGUCCGGGCCGGGCGUCGCGUGGGUCAAGCGCGCCGAGCUGGCCGAGGCGACGGCGAAGCUCAUCUCGCAGUACUCGUGGGACCCGGACCAGUUCCCCCACGUCAACGACAAGGUCCUCCUCACGGGGCCCCGCGUCUGGUCGCUCGCGGAGACGGUCGAGGUGCUGGGCAGGGCCGCGGGGCGGGACGUCCGCAUCCGCAGGGUGGACGUUGACGAGUACGUCAAGCUGCCGCAGGUGCUCGCGCGCUUCGGGUCGCGCGAGAAGGCGAGGACGUGGGCGACGGCCUGGGAGGCCAUCGCCAAGGGGGAGACGGCCGUCGUGACGGACACGCUCAGGGAGGUCAUCGGGCGGCAUCCGGAGGAGUUUGACGUGACCAUUAAGCGGCUGGGCCAGGCGAGAGACGCGUGAGGACCAGGGACGGGCUGGCUGACUGGACGGGCCUCUUCCUGUUGAGAAGGGGUCCAAAAAAGAUAAUCGAAAUCAAACAAAAAAGGCACAGAAAGGUUAGAACGAUACGGAAAUACCAAGAGGGCUCUAUCCAUCUAGCCAAGCUGGAAGUCAACAAAUGGAUUGAUACGGUAUUACCACGUUUAUUAAGAAAGUUAGUUUAAAAAUACACAGCGAAUCCAAGCCGCAAACCUCAUUACAACCAUUAAACCGGUCUCCCCAAACCAGAAACUGUCGUCUACGUCCGUUCAUCUUCUGUCUGUUCUAGCUUUGCCUCGCGUGUGCUCCCUGCCUAUAGCUGAACC